AUCAAUUUUAGUGACAGUGUUUAUUUAGUUGUGUUGUGAGCGUAUUUAACAAAAAUAAUAAAAUUUUAUCAAUAUAUAUCAAGCAAAUAUAUAUAAAACGGUUAUAGUACAAGAUGAGCAAUCCCGACCGGGAGAUAAUCGACGAAAACCAGCCACCGGUGGACUUGCAACACACAUCAACCGCAACUGCCAGCGAGGACACUGAAAUAGUACCAAAACAUCUUCGAUCGCGAUACUGGAACAGUUGGGAGGAGAUGCGUUUGGUAGAAUUAUGGCGACUGCACAGUAAUGAAGUGACGACAUUAAAGACAAAUAUACCCAUUUUCCGUACCAUAUCAGAGGGUAUGCGCGAAUAUGGUUUUUAUGUCAACGCACAGGAGGUACGGCGUAAAAUAAACAAUUUCAAAAACAAAUACAUUGCCGAACGUCGUCGUAUGGAAAUGGAAGAAAAAGAUAAACAAAGUAACUGGAGACUAUACCCACUAAUACACUGCCUAUUAGCGCCUCGCCAAAAAAAUCAACUGCUUACGCAUCAACAACUGAUAAUAGAGCGGCUUUUUGCAAAAAUACCAUUAGAUUUGUUGAACAAAGAGUUGCCUAUUUCGGAAUUCCAAGUCACCAAAAUCAUACAAAAGCCUGCUGCUUUUAGGGAAAAAUCCGCGGAACACUCAGCUUUGCCGACACAGCUACGUAGUCAACCAAGAUACCAGCCAUAUGCCAGAGCAACAAACGGUGACGCCGGCUUUUUAGUGCGACAUAACUUUACCAAGGACAGAUUGACACAAAUACGUGUUGAUAAUAGUAUACUAUCCGAUCAGCGCGAUGCAGCCUUGAAACAACUAAAAUCUGAAGAACGCUCAUUUAGGGCGUUGGAGUGUUUUCUCAUGAACUGGCAAAAGAAGCACGAACUUGUUUUACAACGCUUACAAUGUACGAAUGGAAAGUGAAAAUAGAGGUUGCAACGUUGCUACGAAUAUGUAUUUGUUGCAACACACAUAUGCAUAUAAUAAGGUUUCUAUAUUUGUUUUUGUUUAAGGAGCACUUAAAGUUUUUUUUUUUUCAAAAUAUAGUCGGCUAUUUAAUAUAUAUGUACAUAAUUUAUUUAUGGCUUAGUCAGUAAUAUUGACCAGUCAUAUUAAUGUUAGACAUUUUAAUUCCAAAUUGAUUAAAUAAUUGGUGUACUUCUUCAACUAAGUACAAAAACACAAAGGUAUUACUUUAUAAUUGCUUUUUAUUUUAUCAACAUCUAACUAUGAAUUUUUCGAGUGCGUAUCUGUCGCCGAUUCAUUUUUCGUAUCCAUCAUACAAUGAGAUUAGCAUACAUAUGUAUGUAUAUCGUACAGUUCUUGGCUUGAUCAAUAGGCAAUAAGUAAAAUACAAUCCAAUUUAUUGAAUACGUGUACACAUAGAAUAUACCAUUUUGAUUGAAUUUUCGUACAAUCGAUUUGAAUUCAACCGCUAAAAAAUUUUCGGUAGAAAUGUUUUCAAACUUCAACUUUUUUGUAGUAUUACGGUUUUCAACUCUGUGCCAGUGUUAAGUAGCUCUUUUCCUGGGCUCGUUUUCAUUGACAAAAUAUGAAUUGUCAAGGAAAGCGAGAAAAGUUGUAUGUGAAUGGGCCAUAAUAUUGAGACAAGAAACAGGUUGGCAACCCUAUAUAACUGAUUGCUGGAUUGUUUUCAGAGAUUUAUCCCUGGUUGUUUUAUUUAAUAGCCAUUGUUAGAGAUAAUAUUUAUUGAAGUAAGAUAUUAAAAUGUUUAAUGAGACAUGUUGUUUACUAUGCUUAGAAAGUUCAAAGGAUCAAAUAGAUUUGGACUCCAAAGAAGGUAUUGAUUUGCAUGGACGAGAAGUAAUUGAAUUGCAUUUUAAGGAGGAGCUGGAUAUGAUGUCUCAAUUUGAAAUGAAAAUCAUUUGUCGAAAGUGUUGGAACUUAGUAGAAACAUUUCAUAUAUUUUAUGAAAAUGUGAAGCAAGUGCACAAGAAAGCAACGUACGCUUUGAAAAGCGUGACUUUCGAAACGGAUAGCUUAGAAAUAAAAGAAGAAAUCAUAUCUAAUGACGACACACAAGUUGAACGACUUACGGAAUAUGAAAUUAAAGUUGAGGAAUUUAUAUUACCCGCCUCAACUACUCCCAACCAUAUAUGUAAUCCAUCUGAGAUUGUUUCUGAAGCAUUAGAGGUUACAGAUGAGACAUUACUCGAAGAAUGUAUGGAGAAUUCUAUAUCACCAUACGAGUAUAGUUCAGACUCAGAAGAAUUAGAUAGUGAGAUCGAAGAAGAUAAACACUCAAAAAGAAAGUCUCAUAAAAUAAAUAAAAGAAAAAGAGUUAAUAAAAAAACUGCGGAAUUAGAUGAAUAUAUUGCAAGGAAAAAUUUUAAAUUUACGUGUUGUAUUUGUAAAAAUCCAUUAGAAAACUUUACACAUUUGAAAAGCCAUUUCCAUGUAGCGCAUCAAACAAGUGGUUAUGUGCUAUGUUGUGGUAAAAAAUUACGUCAGCGUGGUUUAUUAAUUGAUCAUAUUAAUUUUCAUGAAGAUCCCGACUAUUUCAAAUGUAAACAUUGCGGAAAGCGAAUGACGGAACGACGUUGCAUCGAUCUUCAUCUUCAGUAUGUGCAUGGCAAUCGGGAACGUGUACAUCGUUGUUCAAUUUGUUCCAAGGGAUUUUUCCGUGCAUCUUGUUUGAAACAGCAUCAUAAUAUUCACGUUACAGAAGAUCAAAAAAAAGUACCGUGCUUAGAAUGUGGUAAAAUUUUCCCAGACAAAGUUGAAUUAGGUAAGCACAUGGGUCUGACCCAUGCUAGCGUGCCGCGAAAACUAAUAAAGUGUGAUCUAUGUGAUACUGCGGUCAAAACGAAAUAUGGCUUAGCACGUCAUAUGAAGACAAUGCAUACAGAAGAGUAUCAAACGCCACAAGUCUGCCCAAUGUGUUCUAAAGUGUCACCGUCUCUGCAGGCUCAUCGUAACCAUAUAAAGUAUAUGCAUUCCUUGCAAAGGAAACAUGUAUGCAAAUUAUGCGACAAAGCCUUCAAACGACUUACCGAUUUUAAAGAGCAUAUGGCCACCCAUACCGGAGAAGAUUUAUAUACCUGUAGUUUUUGUCCACAAACCUUCAAAUCUAAUGCCAAUAUGUAUUCUCAUCGAAGGAAGAAACACGCUAAGGAGUGGGCCGAACAGUGCGCGUUGAAGAAAAGCUUAGCGGUACCUUUAAAACAAACUGUCGCAACAGACUAUUCAAAGGAUCAAAUAGAUUUGGACUCCAAAGAAGGUAUCGAUUUGAAUGGACGAGAAGUGAUUGAAUUGCAUUUUAAGGAGGAGCUGGAUUUGAUGUCUCAAUUUGAAAUGAAAAUCAUUUGUCGAAAGUGUUGGAACUUAGUAGAAACAUUUCAUAAAUUUUAUAAAAAUGUGAAGCAACUGCACAAUGACGCAGUGUACUCUUUGAAAAGCGUGACUUUCGAAGCGGAUAGCUUAGAAAUAAAAGAAGAGAUCAUGUCUAAUGAUGACACACAAGUUGAACCACUUACGGAAUAUGAAAUUAAAGUUGAAGAAUGUAUAUUACCAUCUGAGAUUGUUUCUGAAGCAUUAGUGGUUACAGAUGAGACUUUACUUGAAGAAAGCAUUCAGAACUCUAUAUCAUCAUACGCUUAUAGUUUAGACUUAGAAGAAUUAAAGAGGGAGAAUGAAGAAGAUAAACACUCAAAAAUAAAGUCUCAUAAAAUACAUAAAAGAAAAGGCGUUAAUAAAAAAACGGAGGAAUUAGAUGAAUAUAUUGCAAAGAAAAAUUUUAAAUUUACGUGUUGUAUUUGUAAAAGUCCAUUAGAAAACUUUACACAUUUGAAAAGCCAUUUCCAUGUAGCGCAUCAAACAAGUGGUUAUGUGCUUUGUUGUGGUAAAAAAUUACAUCAACGCGGUUUAUUAAUUGAUCAUAUUAAUUUUCAUGAAGAUCCCGACUAUUUCAAAUGUAAACAUUGCGGAAAGCGAAUGACGGAACGACGUAGCAUCGAUCUUCAUCUUCAGUAUGCGCAUGGCGAUCGGGAACGUGUAUCUUAUUUGAAACAGCAUUAUAAUAUUCAUGUUGCAGAAGAUCAAAAAACAGAAGUGUACUUAGAAUCUGGUAAAACGAAAAGAGAAAAAUUGGACAGUAAUGAAAAUAAUGUCGUGCAAUGUAGUGCUGUUGAAAAUAUAGAAAAAGUAACGCUACAAGAAAAUGAAUUUCACAGCAACCACUUCAAAUUUAUGACCAGCGAUAUUAAAAUGUUUAAUGAGACAUGUUGUUUACUAUGCUUAGAAAGUUCAAAGGAUCAAAUAGAUUUGGACUCCAAAGAAGGUAUCGAUUUGCAUGGACGAGAAGUAAUUGAAUUGCAUUUUAAGGAGGAGCUGGAUAUGAUGUCUCAAUUCAAAAUGAAAAUCAUUUGUCUAAAGUGUUGGAACUUAGUCGAAACAUUUCAUAAAUUUUAUAAAAAUGUGAAGCAAGUGCACAAGGAUGCAGUGUACUCUUUGAAAAGCGUAACUUUUGAAACGGAUAGCUUAGAAAUUAAAGAAGAAAUCAUAUCUAAUGACGACACACACGUGGAACGACUUACGGAAUAUGAAACUAAAGUUGAAGAAAGUAUGUUACCAGCGUCAAAUAGUCUCAACGAUGUAGGUAAUUCAUCAGAGAUUGUUUCUAAAGCAUUAGAUGUUACGGAUGAGACUUUACUCGAAGAAUGCAUUGAGAAUUCUAUAUCAUCAUACGAUUAUAGUUCAGACUCAGAAGAAUUAAAGAGUGGAAAUGAAGAAGAUAAACGCUCAAAAAGAAAGUCUCAUAAAAUAAAUAAAAGAAAAAGCGUUAAUAAAAAAACGGAGGAAUUAGAUGAAUAUAUUGCAAAGAAAAAUUUUAAAUUUACUUGUUGCAUAUGCCAAAUUUCAUUGGAAAACUUCACACAUUUGAAAAGCCAUUUCCGUGGAUCGCAUCAAACAAGUGGUUAUGUGCUAUGUUGUGGUAAAAAAUUACGUCAACGCGGUUUAUUAAUUGAUCAUAUUAAUUUUCAUGAAGAUCCUGACUAUUUCAAAUGCAAGCAUUGCGGUAAGCGAAUGAAGGAGCGACGUAGCAUCGAUCUUCAUCUUCAGUAUGCGCAUGGCAAUCGGGAACGUGUACAUCGUUGUUCAAUUUGUUCCAAGGGAUUCUUCCGUGCAUCUUGUUUGAAACAGCAUUAUAAUAUUCACGUUACAGAAGAUCAAAAAACAGUACUGUGCUUAGAAUGUGGUAAAACUUUCCCAGACGACGUUGAAUUAGGAAAACACAUGCGUAUAACGCAUUUGAAUGCUUAUGCAAAAAUAUGUGACAUUUGUGGUGUAUCGAUGAAGGGGCGUGAUGCUCUAGAACGGCAUCAGGCUGAGCAUGCUGGUGUGUCCCGAAAACUACUCAAGUGUGAUCUAUGUGAUACUACGCUCACAACAAAACAUGGCUUGGUACGUCAUAUGAAAACAAGGCAUACGGAAGAGUAUCAAACGCCACAAGUCUGCCCAAUGUGUUCUAAAGUGUCACCGUCUCUGCAGGCUCAUCGUAACCACAUAUGGUAUAUGCAUUCCUUGCAAAGGAAGCAUGUAUGCAAAUUAUGCGACAAAGCCUUCAAACGACUUACCGAUUUUAAAGAGCACAUGGCCACCCAUACCGGAGAAGAUUUAUAUACCUGUAGUUUUUGUCCACAAACCUUCAAAUCUAAUGCCAAUAUGUAUUCUCAUCGAAGGAAGAAACACGCUAAGGAGUGGGCCGAACAGUGCGCGUUGAAGAAAAGCUUAGCGGUACCUUUAAAACAAGCUGUCGCAACAGAUUAAGAUAACAAAUUUAGGGGGGGAAAUGUUUUAGUGGGUCGUUACAGGAAAUGUGAAAGCGUCAAAAUAUUUAAUAAUUAUUUUUAAUUAAUGUUGUGAUUUAGAAGCAUAAAUUGCUUGCUUUUUUCGAAAAGAAUGGUAAAGCACAGCAAAUAAAAAAUGGUAUUUAACCUAAAACACUCAAAAAAUUUAAUUAUUUUAAUUUUUUGUUUAAAAAAUUUCGGCUGUUUACUAUCUGUCUAAUUUUUAUUUUUUAUGUUGACAGCAUCAAAGAAGAUUUGACUGAAAAUUCAACUUCAAUUGAACAGAAUAGAGUUGAAAACCAUAAUAGAGGUAUCAGACGGUGCAAUACUAUUGACGAAUGACAAUGAAAUGUACUAAUUUUAGCCAUGAUAACUAUAAUUAAACGAACUGUUACACCGUU